CCCUCCUCCACCAUCACCUCCACAAUCACUGUGGACUGGCUUAUUAAGAAGGCUAAAGCCGCCAUUGAUGAGCUGGCUGAGUUGCCGGCUUGGACGCCCACCGCUGGAAAACCCUCAAUUGUGAAUCUUGAACAAAACCCUAAUCAAGAAAAUGGGAAUUAUGCUCAAAAUUCGAGCUUUUUGCCUGCAUCUGUUGAUUUGGUUAAAUCUUUUUUUCCGAUCGGUGGUUCCGGUUCAUCAAUGGCGGUGGGGAAUACCGGUUUAUCAGUGGUUCAGUUUCACCGGAAUUUUCCACAGAAUCAAGAUCUGAAGCUUUCUCUUCAGUCGUUUCAAGAUCAGAUGCCUCAGCAUCAAACUGUUCCGUUGUUCGGCCAACCAACAAACAAUCAGUUGUUAAACUAUAUUUCUCAGAUGGGACCUCUUCAGUCCAGUAACUCACCUCCGGUUCGUGCCUGGGUCGACCCGCAUCAAACCCCGGGUUUCCAUCACCCGUUUUCCUUGCCCGGAUUGCUUGGUGGUGGCGCACGACGGCAACGCAGGAGAGAUAGGGAGAGCAAGGAGAGAUAG